GAAACGUGACCAGGAGCGACGACGAGCUCCGUCCGCGUCUCAAUCCGUGUUGAAUUCUCGAUAAAACCUGAGCUAAACGUAUUCCGAUAUUAAUACUUAGGUUUAAUGUAACUACCAAACAUGGUGGUUAAAUCCCAGUCAGCUCAUGGAUGGAGUCAGUUGUCAGAAGUGACCCGGGGAGAAGGAAGAAUGUCUUCGUGCUAGCUGGCGGGAGUUAGCUUCAGGAUGGGCGACUGAAGGCUAACAACAAGAGAAACAUCCGUGUCCACACACUCGACCUCCGCAGCAGCUCCUACUGUCAAAAGGAGCUUUGUUGGUGCCUUUUUUAGCUUUUCCCAAAGUGUGUCGACGCUGUUUUUUUUUUUGCGAUGAAAAACUGCGAGUACCAGCAGAUCGACCCGCGGGCGCUGAGCGUGUCGCCGGCGUCGGCGCAGAGCCGCUCUGCCGGGCAGAGAGCGCUGCGGCCCCGCAGGAGGUGGGAGGUGUUCCCGGGGAAGAACCGCUUCUUCUGCGGGGGCCGCCUCAUCCUGGCCCGCCAGAGCGGCAUCCUCCCCCUGACGCUGGGCCUUAUUAUUGUCACCUGUGGCCUUUUCUUUGCAUUCGAUUGCCCAUUCCUGGUGGAGCAUUUGACCGUCUUCAUACCUGUGAUAGGUGCGGGACUUUUCGUGUUUGUGGUCAUCUCCCUGCUGAGAACCAGUUUCACAGACCCAGGGAUUUUACCCAGGGCUACCCCAGAUGAAGCUGCAGAUAUAGAAAGGCAGAUAGAUACCUCAGGGUCCUCUACAUAUCGCCCUCCUCCCCGGACCAGGGAGAUCCUCAUCAACCAGCAGGUGGUAAAGCUCAAGUACUGCUUUACUUGCAAGAUGUUCCGCCCUCCUCGGACCUCCCACUGCAGUCUGUGUGACAACUGUGUUGAACGGUUUGAUCACCAUUGCCCUUGGGUGGGGAACUGUGUGGGAAAACGCAAUUACCGCUUUUUCUACAGCUUCAUCAUCUCUUUGUCCUUCCUGACAUCUUUCAUCUUCGGCUGUGUCAUCGCACACAUUACUCUGCGCUCUCAAGCAGGUAAAAGCCUUGUUCAAGCCAUUCAAGAGAGCCCUGCCAGUGUGGUGGAGCUGGUUAUUUGUUUCUUUUCCAUCUGGUCUAUUCUGGGCCUUUCAGGCUUCCACACCUACUUGGUAGCUUCCAACCUCACCACCAAUGAAGAUAUUAAGGGUUCCUGGUCAAAUAAAAGGGGUGCAGAAGAGUCUGGGAACCCGUACAGUUACAAAAGCAUUAUAACCAACUGCUGUGCUACGUUAUGCGGCCCUAUGCCUCCAAGUCUGAUUGACAGAAGAGGUUUCCUUCCUCCCGAUGAGGUGAUCCCUGCUGCUUCUGUCCCGGAGAUGGAGCUGCCUCCCUUCACAGCCAAGAGCGACAUAAACAUGUGCACUCAGAGCACUAAGGGUGUGCUGGAGAGGAUGGUCCACUCCUCUGACUUUCAUGGCCUGUGCAGUCCCGGGACCCCAAAGACCACCCCGCUGGUCCAAGAGGUCUCCAGCGCUGCGGCACCAACCCAUGAGCCUUCACCCUCUGCUGGCUGCUUACGACAACACGCCCGUCAGUCUGUGGACGCCCCCUGCCCCCCGUUCAGCAGAAGCAACAAAAGGGACUCGCUGCACUCGAUCAAUCCAGCCUUCCGCCUGGCGUCUCCCUCGCCGUCGCUCAGCCGCAGCUCCCUGAUCCUGGGUGAUGCAUCUGACAGUGGUUUUAUUGCACUGCCCUGACUCCACCCAGUGAUGGGGAAAGAAGAAAGGAUGGUGUGAUGGAGGUAGUGCUUAUGAGCACACAUUGCUGCUCUUUAUCACCUGGCGAUGAUUUUAGCCGCAGUUUUUUUUUUUCCACAGUGCGAGUCGAGAUGCAUGCUGAAAUUUGCUUUCUCAAGAUGUCAUUGUGAGGAAUUGAUAUUUAUAUUACUAGUGUUUUAUUCUAUGUGUCCCUUUUGAAUAGAGGGGAGUCUUAGUAACACACAGAAGCACAAUAGAGAUAUUUUUUUAAUCACCUUUUUUUAAGACACCCCGAACAUGCCUCCGCACUUCUGCAGAACCUCAGUGUUUAAGUUCCUGAUAAUAUCUUAUGCAAACAGUUAAAAUCUGGGAAUGUUUAUACUUCGACUGUGAAUGAAGUAUGGAAACACAAGUUUGAAUUUAAUGAAUAGGCAUGCUCUGGAUAGAAAGCCAUUUUAAAAUGAUCACGUCAAGAGUUAUCUCCUGUCUUGUCAUGUCCACUGUCACUGGGUGAGUCCAGUUUGAUAGUCGUAUAAAUCAGUCUGGAGGGGAAUGAUGAGGGGCUUCUUUCCCCCUUUGUUUUAUUUUUACUGCUGGAUUUUUGAAAUUAUUUGUUUGUCAGAUGCUCUUAGCUUUGCACAAGUCUUUUUUGUAAUGUGUAUCAUGUUAAGAAGCAAAUUGGUUAAAAAAAAAAAGUAAAUGUAGUUAACUCUGUAGUUCUGAUCAUCACACUGAAAUAUGUAGCAUUUGAGUGUCAUGAAAUAGCAUCUCAGUGUUUCUUAAUGUCCACGUUUUUCAUCCUGAUGUAAUAUUUUGGACAUCAAAAUUGAUUAUUUAAAUCAUUUCAUGAUGUGUAUAGAAAUAUUUAUCACUAAUUGUCACUGUUUACUUUCAUUAAUAUCAGCUUGAUGCUCCUCAGUUUGAACAAUCAUCUGCUUUUUUGUUGCACAUUGUUGGUAGCACACAGGCUAAAAGUAAAGAUAUUAAAGUAAAAGGUCUCAGAAAUGUUUGAGCAUGUUUUCAUGGUUAUUACUUUGUCAUACAACAUGAAAUGUAACUUUGUUACAAGGAGUACAGUUUCUCAUGAGGUCAACUGUAGGAGUUAGAUUGAGCCACUAGGGGGCGGAAUGGUAAUUGCAUUUUAGGCUGGCAACUGUUUAGUAAUGUGGACAGCAGUAGGAGAAAUGCCUUUUUAUGUUAUUUAUUUUGUUGUAACACAUUUUUGAAGUUGUAUAUAGAUUAUGUGUUUGUGGAAAAACAGCUUUCCUGUAGUAAUGGAGACUUUCAUCAAUUGGGGCUAAAACCCUUGGGUCUAGACGAUUACAAGCAGUGCUCGUGCAAACACACUUGUUUGUAAAUUGCAGUGGAACAAUAAAAGAUUUGGUCAAUAAAUAUUUUUCAAAAAUUA